AUGUCCCCAUCCACAAGCCUCACUAUCUUCCUACGAACUCGUAUUCGUCAUAAUGCCUUUUGUAAUACCUACAAGAGAUCUGUCCACACUAGCAUCCUCAACAGCCCCUUCAUUCAACGCGCGACCUCCCCUACCACCGGCACCAACACCCAGAUCUACAUCUCCAAAUCCCGGAACCCCUAUAUAAACCUCUCAAUCGAGCACUACCUCCUACAAAACACCCACGCCGACUCCACGAUCCUCUUCCUCUACAUAGACCGCCCGUGCGUCGUCAUAGGGCGGAACCAGAACCCAUGGGUAGAAGUAAACCUGCGUUACCUCGAACGCGAACAUCCACAGCCCGAUUUAGUACGCAGGAGAAGUGGAGGAGGAGCUGUUUUUCAUGAUGAGGGAAAUGUGAACUAUAGCGUUAUAUGCCCCACGGCAAAGUUCGACAGGGACAUACACGCGGAAAUGGUAGUGCGGGCAUUGAAGAGCCUGGGCGUGGAGCGAGUAAGGGUCAAUGAACGCCAUGAUAUUGUGAUGGACCCUGAUGAGAAGGAUGGAGGGCCGGUGAGGAAGAUUUCAGGGAGUGCGUAUAAGCUUACGCGGCUAAGGAGUAUGCAUCAUGGGACUUGUUUGAUUUCUAGUUACCUGCACGAUAUAGGGGGGUCCCUGAGGAGUGCGGCAAAGCCGUAUAUUACGGCCAGGGGUGUUGAUAGCGUACCAUCGCCGAUACGGAAUGUGGGAUCUAUGAGCACGGAUGAGUUUAUGGGGGCUGUAGUGGACGAGUUUCAAGAGAUGUAUGGGGAAGAUACGAAGCCGUUUUGUGUUGAAGAGCAGGAGGGUAAGCAUCCGGUUAUCAAGAAGGGAACCGAUGAGUUGAAGUCAGAAGAAUGGAUAUACGGGCAAACCCCUCAGUUCACAUUCGACAUAACCCGCACCAACACAACCCACAACCCCGUCCACAGCUUCUCGACAACAUUCACAGCCCGCAACACGAAGAUCACAGACUUCACCUUCACCCUAACCGGCCUCAACAUCCCACCUGAACUCUCCCAAACCAUCACAUCCUCUAUCCUCGCUUCCCCCGCACCAUUUUACACCAUAAACUGGACCGAUCACCUCCUCUCCCACGCCUCCAACACACAAGAAUUGGACCCUAUCUCGAAUAUGAAGAGGGUGAACGAGAAUCAGAAGUUUCCGAGUGCUAAAGAAUAG